GUAACAGCAACAGGACGUCGUUAUCAGGAAGUAAGGUGCACAAGCCCGGGAGAAUCUCUCACCGGUUGUCGCGCUAGUCAGGCUACGACCGACCGACUUUUCCAUCUUUUGCUCGGGCUGCGCGUUCGGAGCAGUCGCAGGCCUGCCGUCCCUCCCUCCGUCCGGUGAGCCAUGAGCUGAAAGGACUUGAGCGGCGCCGGGAAACGUUGACUUUCGCACCGAUGGAGGCCAUGGAGGUGGACUCCCUCCAGCGCAGCGCAGGCGGCCCUUCCGUCGUCCUCGCUGCACCUGUCAUCGUCUCCGACUCGGGCAGCAGCACCGAAGUGGACGAGGACGAUGGCACGGGCGGCGGCGAGGGGGGAGCGCGGGCGGUGUUCUCGCCCAGACUUCCCGCCACCUGGGCUUUCAGUCAGAGGAGUACGGGCCGAGGGGGCGCCGCCGCCGCCACACAGUCGCCGCCCCCGCGGAGGCGGGUCAGACAGGGCUUCCGGGUGCACUACUCCAGCCAGACCGCCGCGUCCUCCAGAGGCUUCCCCGACUUCCUGCUGCGAGCGCCCGCCGCCGCUGCCGGGGCCGAGCCGACGUCCAGCAGCACAGAGUCCAGCGAGUCUGACGACGAAGAGCUGGGUGAGGUGGCGCCGGCCGCCGUCCAUCCAGCCCUACCCGCCCUGCCCGCUCACCCUCGCCUUGACGGCUCCGAUGAGAGCGCAGGGGCGCCGCAAGCUGCCGCCACGCCCCCUCCUGCAGACGUCCAACGAGAGGAAGAAGUAGGAGGAGGUAAUGGAUGUUCUGGUGUACAGCGUCGUCGUCUGAGUUUCCAGCCACCCGCUGCGCCGGCGUCCCAGAGCGAGGAGGGCGAGGGCGACACGUGCAGCAUCUGCUUCGAGGCGUGGACGGCAGCGGGCGACCAUCGCAUCGCCGCCCUGCGCUGCGGACAUCUUUUCGGAUUCACCUGCAUCCAGAGAUGGCUGACCUCUCAGCGCUCUGCUGCCAAAUGUCCGCAGUGCAACAAGAAGGCGAAGCGCUCAGACAUCUUGCUGCUGUACGCCCCCAAGCUGAGAGUCAUGGACAACAGCGAGCACGAGAGCCUCAAGAGGUCUCUGGAGGAGGAGCAGUCUCUGAGGAGGAAGGCCGAGCUGGAAUCGGCUCAGUACAAACUCAAACUUCAGGUGAUCACCAACAAGUUUGGUCAAGCUCAACAGGAACUGCAGGAGAUGAAAGCUAAGAUGGUUCAAGCUGGCGGGAGCUCAGCUGCCGCCUCCCCGCCUCGGUGUUUUCCCAGGUCCCACUUGGUGGCGCCGUACAGCUUCUAUGAUGCGGUGAUUGUGUCGGCCAACGGAGGCUGCCGGGUUUUGGCCCACUGUGAAUCGCUCAACUGUCUGCUGGCCUCGCAGCCUUCAGCUCACACCGCACUCCUGCCUGGCUACGGUGUGAAGAAGGUGAGCCUGGCCCACAUCAGGUCCAGUCAGUACGUUCCCAUCCACGGGGCUCAGAUCCGAGGUUUGUGCUUCAACCGGCAGAACGACGGACUGCUGCUGUCCGCCUCUCUGGACAGCACGCUCAAACUCACAAGCCUCCUGGCCAACACUGUGGUCCAGACGUACAACGCGGGCAAGCCGGUGUGGAGCUGCUGCUGGUGUGUGGACGACCCCAACUACGUCUACGCGGGGCUCAGCAACGGCUCCGUUCUGCUCUACGACGUCAGAGACACCAGUGCCCACGUGCAGGAGCUCCAGCCGCUGCGCUCCAGGGCACCGGUGGCUUCGCUGUGCUACAUCCCUCGCGCGGCGUCCAGUUCGUUCCCGUGCGGCGGACUGAUCGCCGGCACGCUGGAGGGCGGCUACUUCUGGGAGCACGUCAGCGAGAGCACGUACAAGCCGCACGUCUUGCCGCUGGAGGCGGGAAGCUGCACCGACAUCCAGGUGGAGACUGAGAGCCGACACUGCCUGGUCACGUACCGAGCCGGCCGCGGUCACCCGACGGUGCGCUGCGUCCUGAUGGCGCUGACGCGGACGCCGCAGCAGGAUGCCGGCGAGCCGCCCGGCUGCUCCUGCUCGCCCGUCCAGACCUUCAGCGCCGGCUCGUCCUGCAAACUCCUCACCAAAAACGCCAUUUUUGCCGGCCCGCACGGAGGCGGAGCUCUGGUGUGCGCCGGAGACGAGGCGUCGCAAUCGACCAUGGUGUGGGAGGCGUCCAGCGGCGCUCUCCUGCAGAAGCUUCCGGCCGACCUGCCCGUGCUGGACAUCUCUCCGUUCACGGUGAAUGGCGAGCACUUCCUGGCCUCGCUGACAGAGAAGAUGCUGAAGCUCUACAAGUGGAAGUGAACGAGCGCAAAGACUCAGACGAAGCGCUAAAAGCAAAAGUGGACGCGAGGCGGCGCCAGGUAGACUCUGAUCAUCAUGUUCGCCGUUCAGAAGCCGUUCGUUCUCCCCCACUUUUUAUGGACGGUACUGCACAUCUGGAUAUUAAAUCCUCGAAUUUUUUAAUGGGAGGAAAGAAGGUUUCAGGGUCUUUCAACAGACUCCUCAUGUCCGAGCGGCCUUGAACUCAGCACCAGCCUAAAGUGGUCAUCAGUGGUUUGUACAGCAAGCCACCCUUACGAAACUUUUCCUGUCUUCAAAUGUUGUCUAUGUGCACGAUGUCUGUACCAUGACGUACGAUUGUUUUAUACGUGUCAUUUCAUUGUUUCUCGAGCAAGUGAAUAAAAAAAAAAAUAAUUAAAAAAAAAGAUAUUUUCAGUCUGA